AUGUCAGAGACGUUCAGCACCAAGGACGUGGCCUCGCACAACACGGUCGAGAACGGGCUGUACAUCAUCAUCGACGGGUCCGUGUACAGCCUGGCGUCGUUCGUCGACGAGCACCCGGGCGGCGCCAAGAUCCUCAAGCGCGUCGGCGGCAAGGAUGCCAGCAAGCAGUUCUGGAAGUACCACAAUGAGGGCGUCCUGAAGAAGUAUGCGCCUAAGCUCAAGGUUGGCGAAGUCAAGGAGGAGGCUAAGCUAUGA